GACGAGCGUGUGGGAUGAACGCGUUCCAAUUUUAAAUUAGUGCUUGGACCUAUUUUGAAACGUAAGUCAAUUUUCCGCCUCGUUCCAAUUUUAAAUUAGUGCUUGGACCUAUUUUGAAACAUGAAGCAACUGUAUCUUCUAUGCCUUCUUGUAACUUCUGCGGUGAGUUACAAGAUUCUUUGCAUCCACAUGGUGCCAUCGAAGAGUCACUUCCACUUGGUCAAUGGUGUGGUUCAACCGCUGCUCAAAGCUGGACAUAAGAUCGUACUUGCGACACCAUUCCCGGAGGCUGUGAAGAAUCAUAACAAUAUCACUGUAAUAGAUUUGAGCAGUCACAAUGAUUUCUUAAAAAAUAUCGACAUGUCAGAUCCUAAUGUCAAUAUGGGAAAUGUCAUAUCAUUAUCCAGAGAUAUGACACUUGCCACAGUAAGAAAACCGGUGAUACAAGAGAUGCUGGUGAAGGAUCAGUUCGAUGCUGUCGUGACCGAAUGGUUUUUCACUGACAUUGACGCAGGCUAUGCUGCGAUCCUGCAAGUUCCAUGGAUUGUUCUAAGUGGAAAUGUCAUCAAUUAUCAGGUGGAACAACUCGUUCACACUGUUACAUCAGUUCCAAUCAUUCCAAGUAUACACACGGAUUAUCCUAUGCCAAUGUCAUUUUGGCAUCGAUUGCAGAGCACCAUAUCUUAUGCCACGAUGAUGAUAUAUGAGUGGAAGUCAUACCAACUGUUUAAGUCGGAUUACGAAGAGAACUUUGGCCCCCUAGCGGCAGCCAGAGGAAUUCCAUUACCGCCAUUUGAGGAAACUUACAGAAAUGUAUCUAUCCUGCUCUCGGACAGCCAUCCCUCUUUCUCACCAGCUAGAAGCAUACCACCGAAUCUCGUAGAAAUAGCUGGAUAUCACAUUGAUGCUAACAUACCACAAUUGCCUGAGGAUCUGAAACAAUUACUGGAUGCCUCACCCCAAGGUGUCAUCUACUUCAGUAUGGGUUCCGUGCUGAAGGCAUCUGCCUUUAAGGGGAAUACCAAAAAAGAACUCCUUCAGGUCUUCGGAAGUUUGAAACAAACCGUUUUAUGGAAGCUCGACGAGAAAAUUGAUGGUCUGCCAAAGAAUGUUCAUGUGAGACCUUGGAUGCCACAGUCUAGUAUACUUGCUCAUCCAAACGUAAAGAUCUUCAUCACCCACGGUGGAUUAUUGAGCACAAUGGAGUCAUUACACUAUGGCAUCCCAAUAUUAACAAUACCAGUGUUCGCUGACCAACCGCACAACGCUGCAAGAAGUAUCGAAGCGGGACGUGCGUUACGAGUGAAAUAUUCACCUGAAAUGGCGCCGGAUGUAAAAAUUGCGUUGCAAGAAAUGCUUAGGAAUGACAGCUACUACAAGAAAGCCAAGGAAUUGUCGAAAUUGUUCAGAAAUCGUCUAAACAAGCCUUCAGAUUUAAUUACACAUUAUGUAGAAAUGGCAAUCGAAACUAAAGGUGCGCUCCACCUCCGCUCAGUUAUCAAACAAUAUCAGUGGUACGAAUACUUAAUGCUGGACCAAUUGUUGUUUAUAUGUAUUAUAUUGUACAUUAUAUAUAGUAUUAUUAGGAAAAUGUUAAGUGCGUCAAAAAUUAGUAAGAGGAAAAAUGACUAGACUAAGGUUAAUUAUAAUUAAAAAAAAUACCUAGUAUCUAAUAAUUUUAGCCAUUUUUUUAUUACCUUGACUUUAUAUUAACUUUUGAUGCAAAAAAAGAGAAAAGUGGUAGUGUUUAUAUCUUAUGUUUUAACGAAAUAAAUAACUUUAAAAAGUGUUUUUUUAUCCACUACUUAUUAUUUGACUUAAAUUAACCGUUUUGAGUCAAUAAAUAAAUGGUUACUUUAGGCAUACCUCUAGUUAUGAAUGCAAAUACGUAACAUUUUUUUGUAAAGUUUGUCAAGUUAUGGGGUUUAAAAAAUAUGAUAAUUGAAAUUGCUGUUGUUUGCAAUUCGUAUGAUUCUAUACGAAAGAAAAUAAUAUUUAAAUAUUAAAAUAAUUUUGAACUCCUCAAAAUAGCUCAAAGUAUAUUUUACGUAUACUAGAAGUUUCAUAGUGGGGUGGUUACUAGUAAGGAAUAUAAUAUAUAUAUAAAAGUUAAUGUACAUACAAGUUAAUUUUGUCACCAAUGUCGGGAAAUUCCGCCCAUUGUCACCACAUAAUAUGCAAUUUUACAUUAGGAUUAGACAUAAUAAACUUCAUCGUUUAAUAAUGUUUUUUUUAUUCUCAAUGAUAAUCAAAUGAGAUUCCCACCUCUUGUGACACAUGACAUCCAAUCUUUGUACAAUGACGUAAAUAUAAAUGACACUUCGUGUAUCACGAAUAAGACGUCAAUUUUAAUAUUUAAUCUUCAGUGGAACCUUUUUCAGGCGCUCAUUAUUCAACUAAUUAAAACUAUUAUUUUUCUGUGAUUACAAUAAAACUAUCGUAACAUUUGUGAUAAAAUUGAAAUAAAUUCUAGUUUUCAAAACAGCGUGGAAGCGUUGCAUUAUUGUCAGCUAACAUUUUUACACAAGCUUUGACAUAUGUCAAAGGUCACGAUAGUUAAAUGCAUUUGUAUCCGACAAAAUAGUCUCAUGUUACCAGCAUAAAUAUGUAUUUGUAUAUAUUGUAUUAUUAAAAUAUUGUUUUUUUGA